UUUUGGCAUUUCAUGUCGCAUCACCACUGGCCGAAUAACUGCUUGUAAUCGUUCAGUAUUAUCCACAAAAAAAGGAAUAACCUAGAAUACUUCAUUCGAAGAGAUAAUUUUCUGAAUAAAACGUCGAGAAGUCGAUCCACAACAACAGAAUGCCAGAUCAUUUGGGAAAUGACAUGAGAAAAAUCAAAGACGAUGAGAAGGAGGAAAAGGAGAUCAAAUCUCUGGAUGAGGGGGACAUUCAACUCUUGAAGACAUAUGGUCAAGGGCAAUACACGAAGAGUAUCAAAACCGUGGAGGAGGAUAUCCAGACGAUAAUAAAACGAGUUAAUGAAUUGACUGGAAUUAAAGAGUCUGAUACAGGGCUUGCACCACCUGCUCUGUGGGAUUUAGCUGCAGAUAAACAGACUUUACAGAAUGAACAGCCCUUGCAAGUGGCACGUUGCACCAAGAUCAUCAAUGCUGACUCUGAUGAUCCCAAGUACAUUAUAAAUGUCAAGCAGUUCGCCAAGUUCGUUGUUGAUCUGGCUGAUUCAGUGGCACCCACUGAUAUCGAGGAGGGAAUGAGAGUCGGGGUCGAUCGUAAUAAAUAUCAAAUUCAUAUCCCUUUACCACCGAAAAUUGAUUCCACAGUUACAAUGAUGCAGGUCGAGGAAAAACCAGAUGUCACUUACAGUGACGUUGGUGGGUGCAAGGAACAGAUUGAAAAACUCAGAGAAGUCGUGGAGACACCUCUUUUACAUCCUGAAAAGUUCGUUAAUCUCGGGAUUGAGCCACCAAAAGGGGUGCUCCUUUUUGGUCCUCCUGGUACUGGGAAGACACUUUGUGCUCGGGCUGUUGCUAAUCGAACAGAUGCUUGCUUCAUUCGUGUAAUUGGUUCUGAACUCGUCCAAAAAUACGUGGGAGAGGGUGCCAGAAUGGUCAGGGAGCUUUUUGAAAUGGCAAGGAGCAAGAAGGCUUGCUUGAUAUUUUUCGACGAAAUCGAUGCUAUCGGAGGGGCCAGAUUUGAUGAUGGAGCUGGUGGAGACAAUGAAGUUCAGCGUACGAUGUUGGAGCUCAUUAAUCAACUCGAUGGGUUUGAUCCUCGUGGAAAUAUCAAGGUUCUCAUGGCCACCAACAGACCUGAUACCCUCGAUCCCGCACUCAUGCGUCCUGGAAGACUUGAUCGAAAAGUGGAAUUCGGCCUGCCUGACCUGGAAGGGAGGACCCAUAUUUUUAAAAUUCACGCACGUUCGAUGAGUGUCGAGCGAGAUAUUCGAUUUGAAUUGCUCGCACGUCUCUGUCCCAAUAGCACUGGCGCUGAAAUUCGAUCUGUUUGCACUGAGGCUGGCAUGUACGCCAUUCGCGCUCGCCGCAAAGUUGCUACUGAGAAGGACUUCCUCGAUGCUGUGGGGAAAGUUAUUAAAUCCUAUGCUAAAUUCUCAGCCACUCCUAAAUACAUGACUUAUAAUUGAAUCGUUUUUUUAUUGAAUUAUACGGUUAGAAUUAUCUUUCUCUUUUGUAUUUACUACUAAAAAUGUGAAAAUUCUGUAGCGAAAAAUGAAGGAGUUGAGAGAAAAUCAAGAAGGAAAAUAAAUUAUC